CGGGCAGCUUGUCAACAUAACCCAACAUUUCUGGCGAAAGACGCUUUCUUGGUAUCCCGAAAAUCCCAGUUUAUCUUGUAUUUACGCUAUCUUAAGUGAUUUUUCCACGCACAAUGGCUAAUGUGAAGCCUCUGCACCCUUUGAAUCUCGACAAAAUUCAGCAGAGGAAUUUCAUCAAAUUCUUCCACUCCCUGGGCGAGAAACCCAAAACAACCGUGAGAAUUUUCGAACGUAGUGAGAUCUACUCUUUGCACGGCGAGGAUGCAGAAUUGGCGGCUAAGGUGGUGUUCAAAUCAACCGCAGGCAUUAAGUACAUGUCUAUAGAUGACGGAGAAACAGAACUGCCCUACACAGUGCUCAGCAAGAAUAACUAUGCGAACUUCAUUAGGGAGUUACUGCUCGUGAAGAACUACAGAGUGGAAAUCUAUGUGAAUAAGGGAGGCAACAAGAAUGACUGGGAAAUCGAGAUGAAAGGUUCUCCUGGCAAUGUCAUCCAAUUUGAGAACAUCCUCUUCAGCAACAAUGAACAGAUGAACACUUCAGCGAUGAUGACUCUGCAAUUGAAAAAGGAGAACCAACAGAAUAUGAUUGGAUUGAGCUGCAUUGAUACCACAGAGCGCUUAUUCUCAGUUAUUGAACUCGUGGACGAUGAUUUCUUUACUGAACUGGAGGCUAUUGUUGUUCUUCUGGGCCCUAAGGAGUGUCUUCUGCCCUCUAAAGAGGGAGAAUAUGAGAAAAUCAAUGCUCUUUUGGAGAGAAAUGGUGUCUUUGUGACUGUGCGAAAGCGCCAGGAGUUCACAGUCAAUGCGAGUGACUUUGAGGAUGAUUUAAAUCGACUGCUGUAUUUUGAGAAAGGUCAGCAGGAGAAUCUCAAUACUCUACUGGGUGGGAGCAAAACACUUGCACUGCAAACACUAAAUGUUGGGAUUAAGUAUCUCGAAUUGCUGGCUGAUUCAUCCAACUACGGUCACUUCAAGUUGAAUGUGAUGAAUCUCAAGAGAUUUAUGCAUCUGGACACGGCGGCUGUAUCUGCUCUGAACAUCUUACCGAAGGCAGGAACGCCCACAACUUCACAAGCAUACAAGUGCCAGAGUAUUUUGGGAGUUUUGGACUACUGUCGCACAAUGCAGGGGAGGAGAUUGCUAACGCAAUGGCUGAAGCAGCCACUGAAGGACAUUGAUGCCAUUAAGGAUCGACACGAUAUUGUGGAGUGUUUUAUUGAAUCGGUGCACACGAGAAAGGAGAUUUAUGAUGAUUAUUUAAAGAGAAUUCCCGACAUAAUGAUGCUGACGAAGAAACUUAUGAGAAGGAAUGCUUCUCUGCAGGAUGUCUACAAACUGUACAGAGUUGUUGCGAGGAUUCCCAAUUUGCUGCGAUUGCUGAGUGAGUUGGAGAACUCCACAGUGGACAACAUCUUGACUGACCCCAUCAAAGAUACUUUUGGGGAUCUCUUCAAGCUCAAGGAAAUGGUGGAGAAAAUCCUGGACAUGGAUGGGAUUGAGAAGGGAGAGUACUUAAUCAAUCCCUCAUUCGAUGAAGAACUACAGACGAUGAAAGAGAAAAUGGAUGAUAUUGAAGAGAGGGUGAAAAAGGAGCAGCGAAAGGCGGCGAAUGAUCUCAAUCUCGAUGUGAAACUCGACGUUGUCUCUCACAUUGGUUACCACUUCAGAAUCUCCCUCAAGGAUGAAUCCGCAAUCAGGAAGAAUAAGAAGUACAGCAUGAUUGAUGCCGUGAAAGGUGGAGCUCGCUUCACUACGAAUACUCUUCGAGAUCUCAACUCGGACUUUCAAGAAGUGCGGGAGAGUUAUGAAGAGCAGCAGAAAUCUAUAGUUGAGGAGGUUAUUCGGGUGGUUUUGGGUUAUUUGCCACCCUUAACAUGCUUGAGUCACUUGAUUGCCCAGUUGGACUGCUUCAUGAGCUUCGCCGCGGCUGCUACAACUUCUCCAAUUCCCUAUGUGCGUCCAAAGAUGCGUCCUGCUGCCGAAAGAGUCCUGAAUUUGAAGCAAGUGCGACAUCCUUGCUUGGAAAUGCAGUCAGAUGUGAACUUCAUUGCCAAUGACAUUGAAUUCCGAAAGGAUGAGACACAAAUGUACAUAAUAACGGGACCCAACAUGGGUGGAAAGAGUACUUUCAUCAGAUCUGUGGGAUCUGCUGUGCUUCUGGCGCAUGUGGGAUCAUUCGUUCCCUGUGAUGAGGCCGAGAUUUCGAUCACAGAUUCGAUUUUGGGGAGAAUUGGAGCCAGUGAUUGCAUCAUGAAAGGGUUGAGCACAUUUAUGAUUGAGAUGAUCGAGACUUCAGGGAUUAUUCGCACGGCAACGGAGAAUUCACUAGUGAUUAUCGAUGAAUUGGGCAGAGGAACUUCGACCUACGAUGGAUGUGGUAUUGCGUGGUCAAUUGCUGAAUACUUGGCUAAAGAGACGAAAUGCUUCACUCUAUUUGCCACACACUUCCAUGAGAUUACAGAAUUGGCUCAGUCGGUUUCCACAGUGAAAAACAGUCAUUUGGCAGCGAUGAUUGAAGACUCCAAAUUUGUGCUGCUGUAUCAAGUGAAGCCAGGUCUCAUGGACAACAGCUUUGGCAUACAAGUGGCCAAAUUAGCAGACUUUCCGCCGGAAGUGGUGAAGAUGGCUCAAAAAUGCUAUGAUGAGAUUGAAGACCACUUCUCAGAAUUGAAAUCAAACGUCGAUCCGGAAGCUGUAAGUCUCUUCACGAGUUCUCUGGAGAAAUUGACAGGACUGGAGUCAAUAGAGAGUAUUCAAAGUGUUAUUAAUGAAAUUAGGGAAAAUGUUAAACAGUCGGGAAAUGAGUAUUUCAAGACAAUUUGCCCAGAGUUAUUUGAGUGAAUAGGCAUU